GCUCACACGUUGUUCAGCAAGUUAACCACUGACUUCGUUAUCCCCAUUUUCAGAUCCCCCCAUGUCCCCUCUAGAGGUGGUUACAUCCGCGGCUCCCCUCUCCGACUACGACUACGUUUUCGAUAAAGCUACAUUCUAGUGAAUGAAAAACCUUAUAUUUACUUCUCUCCUAGUCCUACUACGACUACGCAUCCCCUUUCGCUUUUUCUGUGCUCUAACAGUCCAACAGGUAUGAGCACCUAGUACAGCUACAACAGAUUCCCGUCCUUUCUAGUUGUCCACAUUUUUCACAUUCUGGCAAGUGACGCUUAGUCAACAUUAUACAAAAGACUACAAUCAGAAUCAUCUAUGAGCACCCCAGGCGUUGGUCCGGAUCCCACAAUGAUGGGUGGUGGCGCUUCUCCCGGUGCUGGCCCCGUGCCGCCACAGGGUGCUUCAGCUUCUGCCGACGCAGGAACAAAUUUGGGACCAGAUCAGGUCCCUCCGGGAAUGGACAUCAACAGCGGCCGAGCUAGUGGCCCAAUGCCAGGCGUCGAAAUGUCGCCGGUGUUUCAGGCGUUAUUGCUGGUUUUAGCCAUGUAUAUGGGCUAUUGCUGGAUCCAACCGGUGGUCGCCGGGCUGCGGGAAUACCUCCUGCCGCAAUCCAAGGUGAACAGCGAGGACCUGCGGAAAAAAAGAAAUCAAGCGUAUUUUUUCUACGGUUGAAUAAAAGCUGCAAGUGCAAAUAAAAACUGGAGCUGUAGUGUACGAACAGCAGCGGUCUUGUGGUAUUCCCAUUUCACUUGUAUGGGCUAUGCCAAAAACGAAAACCGUGCUGAUGCUGACCGCUACCCUCAUCUCAGGUUCGCCGCAAAAUCGGACAUGGUGAAGACGGGUUUCGGUGGUUCUGUCUCCAGUAGCGACGUGAUGGACGAUCUGGCCACGUUUGUGUCCGCGCAUUGUCAAGCUUUGAAAAAAAUCGGGCUGCAACUCAUAACGGAGGAUACGAGUUUGCAGAGUCUGCACUGCCUCUCCGUGCUCAUCGACAACUGCCUGCUGAAAGGGUACUUUUUUCAUAGCUUUUUCGUGCCGAAACUUAUUUCUCGUAUGUCGCUUUCAGGAUUUAUUUUCAAUGUUCUUGUUCAUGGACAUGGAUCGGCAGCGGUACUGAGCUGCACACACUUUCUGAAGUUUUUAUCAAACGAAAAAACUAUACUACACGCAGUCUCACGUCCAUCCCGAUGAAGAACGACAAGUUGAAGCGCGAGCUGCUCCAAUUCCCCAGUGGGGAAAAGAUGCUGGAACUUUGCGGUUUUCACGCGCCAGACUCCAACAACGUUGUCCCCACCUCCCCCAGCACCGGCGGCAGCGCCGCGACGAACAGCAUACUCGACAAGGUCAACGCGCUGCGGGGGAAAAUAGCCCAGGAGCAGGGGUUGUACGUUUUCAGCCCGGAGCAGAAGUUGCAAGCCUUGAUCGGCAGGUCCUGCAUCCAAUACUGCCUGGAAAUCUCCAAAGCCAAGGGCACCAGGAGAUGGCUGCAAGUGGAUCCGAAAGUGCUUAUACCGGACGACUUGGAGGUCACCUGUCGGGAUCUGCUGUUCGUGUACGCGAACCCGGGUAAGGUUUUAACCGACAGUGCAAAUUUUAACCGGGCGGGGAAUUAUCAGCAGCAAGUCGCUGCACAAAAGAAGGAACAGUUAUCCGAGCAGUCCGGAACCGCUGGCGCCCUCGUAGAGUCCUGGUUUGUACCUCCCAACGUGAGCGGGGCAAUGACAUCAAAUGUCGAAGCGCUCUCGUUGAAGGAAAGAAAUCUCGAGGCGGCGGUCAAGGACGCGGUAGUGGAAGCGCUCGUUUUGACGAUUAGCAGAAAGAUGGAUCAUGGGAGUGAAAGUGCAGGACCAAAAUCAGAUUCGUUCGCUGUGGAUCAACAUGGCUCCAGCUUCAAUUCCGCCCACCACAGCAUCGCGGCGGACGCAGCGCGCCUUUGGACGCAGCGCUGCCGAAUGAAGCACCGGGAACAGGUGUUCGAGGACAGCAGGAUAUGCAAUACAGAUUUCCCGUACCUGUACAAAAUGCAUGACAAAUUUCGCUACCUUCGAGUGUCAAACUUGUAAUGCUGACUAAGAUUGAAGGCAACUUUUGUCAUGCAGAACAAGAUUUGUACGUCGUGUACGGAAGAUUUACUGUGGAUACAGGAUCAUAAAACGCAACACCAAGCCGGUCGGUGCGGAGGAGGAGGCGAAGGAAAACGAAAGGCUAUUGGCGGAGAGAAAAGACUUUUUUCAGUCGCUCGCAGACCACAUGUUACUCCCGCCAAGCGUCAAAAUAUCGCACUUUCACUGGGAGGGCGAGAUACCGCACGCAUUCGGGUUGCAGUCGACGCAGGUAUGAUUAUAUAAUUCAUGCUUACAUACAAAGCCGGUGCUCUUCUUGCGAUGUCAUCGAUGUACGAGUAUCAUGUAGCAGCUGGAAGAUAUGUCAAAAAUCGUCGAGCCUCAACUUGUGCGAACGUAGAUUUCAUUUCUUUGGGCGAUCUCAUUCAAAACCAAAUCAUCUCAAUGUCCUCUUUUUUCUCAGGGCGGCUCUUCGAGUUCAUCCUCUUCCCUUGCGGGUCCCGGUCGCGCGGCAAACACGACGGGCACCGACGUGGCGAUGCGCCAAAUUGCCCUGGAAGCCAUCCCGCACUGGCGGGCCUGCGAGGCGUGGGGCGAAACGGAAAGUGAGAAGACCCACGUCGUUUCGGUCGGCGCCGCGUUGGACUACACAAACAACCGCGGGUUUGUGUGCUGCGUGCUGAUAAAAGCAGACGACAGCUUCACGGCCAACUCGAGCGUAGAAGACACGCGCGCGCGCCUCGUGCACGGACGGAAAGUGGAGGAAAAUCCAUACCACUACAAAAAUGUAAGGAACGAUACUCCCUGGGCCAACAUGCGGUUCGGGGCCAACGUCAGCGACGCAAAUGGGAAGGCAAAGAUGAAACAGAAAAGCGGCUUCUAGUUCUAGCUGCGGGAGAUGGGUCAGAGUUGUUUAUUUCAGAAGAAGCUUGUUGUCCCUGAGCAGCAGAAGUUCGAGUUCGAGCUCGUGACUCGUCCACUCAACACGCCGCUAAAUACCAUGAUUUGGAUCUUCCAAGAACGAACAAUAUGAAUCUUCAAACUUAGAAACGCUGGCCUCGCAUCAUCUUCGCUGUGAUAGGAACCGCUCUGUACGAUCAGCCUCAAAAACAACCCCUCAAAAACUUCUCGCACACAAGAAAAAAAAAAUGCAUGUCGUGUCGGUCUCCACCCGAGAAGAGUUUGUGGUGGAUGAGAGACAAAAAAA